CCGCCCGCCCGCUCCCUCUCUCGCCGCCGGCUCCUUCGCUCCUGCGUCGUCUCCUAUCUCGGGCGAAGAUGAGGGAAAUCCUGCACAUCCAGGGCGGGCAGUGUGGCAACCAGAUCGGUGCCAAGUUCUGGGAGGUGGUGUGCGACGAGCACGGCAUUGACCCGACCGGCCGCUACGUCGGCACUUCCGACCUGCAGUUGGAGCGUGUCAAUGUCUACUACAACGAGGCCUCGUGCGGGCGUUUUGUGCCCCGUGCCGUUCUCAUGGACCUUGAGCCUGGCACCAUGGACAGUGUCCGCACUGGACCAUAUGGGCAGAUCUUCCGCCCUGACAACUUCGUCUUUGGGCAGUCUGGUGCCGGUAACAACUGGGCCAAGGGACACUACACCGAGGGUGCCGAGCUUAUUGAUUCUGUUUUGGAUGUAGUGAGGAAGGAGGCUGAGAACUGUGACUGCCUGCAAGGAUUCCAAGUAUGCCACUCUCUUGGUGGCGGUACUGGAUCUGGUAUGGGUACACUGUUGAUAUCAAAGAUCAGGGAGGAGUAUCCUGACCGCAUGAUGCUCACUUUCUCGGUGUUCCCCUCACCAAAAGUAUCUGAUACUGUGGUUGAGCCAUACAAUGCCACUCUCUCAGUCCACCAGUUGGUUGAGAAUGCUGAUGAGUGCAUGGUUCUUGACAACGAGGCUCUCUAUGACAUCUGCUUCAGGACUCUCAAGCUGACAACGCCCAGCUUUGGGGAUUUGAACCAUCUCAUCUCUGCUACCAUGAGUGGAGUCACAUGCUGCCUAAGGUUCCCUGGUCAGCUGAACUCCGACCUCCGGAAGCUCGCUGUGAACCUUAUCCCCUUCCCUCGUCUCCACUUCUUCAUGGUGGGCUUCGCUCCACUGACAUCCCGUGGAUCUCAGCAGUACCGUGCCCUCACGGUCCCUGAGCUCACACAGCAAAUGUGGGACUCCAAGAACAUGAUGUGCGCUGCUGAUCCUCGUCAUGGCCGUUACCUCACCGCCUCUGCCAUGUUCCGUGGAAAGAUGAGCACAAAGGAAGUUGAUGAGCAGAUGAUCAAUGUUCAGAACAAGAACUCAUCCUACUUUGUGGAGUGGAUCCCCAACAAUGUGAAGUCCAGCGUCUGUGACAUCCCACCAACAGGCCUCUCCAUGGCAUCAACCUUCAUUGGCAACUCAACCUCCAUCCAGGAGAUGUUCCGGAGGGUGAGCGAGCAGUUCACUGCCAUGUUCAGGAGGAAGGCUUUCUUGCAUUGGUACACUGGCGAAGGCAUGGACGAGAUGGAGUUCACCGAGGCUGAGAGCAACAUGAACGACCUUGUCUCUGAGUACCAGCAGUAUCAGGAUGCCACCGCCGACGAGGAGGGUGAGUACGAGGAUGAAGAUGAUCUGCAGGCUGAGGACGACAUGUAAGGAGAUCUGUGUGGCUUUGCUGGGUGUUGAUCUAGGGCAGAGUUUGAUCUGUUUGGCGCUUCGUUCCUUCUAUUUUAUCACCGCAAUACCACUAGUAUCCUGCUGCUGUUCCUCCCCUGCUCCCGCUCUGUAUUUCUAUGUUUCGGAACCUUUCAGGUAUUGUAUUGCUUGAUGCUGUUCGGUAUGUUCUGCAUUGAGGUUUCUGGACCUCUGGUGGUGAAUUGAAAGCCUUUCUGCAUUGAUCUUUCUGUGCAAAUGGUUCGUUAAACUGUAUGCAAAAACAAGUCAUGGGUUCUAUCGUA